CCAAUUCCCCGCCUUUCAAAAAUGCUUCGAUCGCUGUCUUGUCCCGGGGUUAGGAAAGUCGCGCUUGCUUAUGAGCAAACGAAUCCGGAUUUCCUUCCCUUCAGAGCCAAGCUGUUCACCUUGAGAUUAUUGCACAUGUUGGGACCUUUUAAAUAUCUCAUGUGCCUCAACCAGAUGUCUCUCGAAAGUCGAGCGAACCCAGGUCAAAUUAAGACAAUCCAGGAUGUUUACAGUGUGGGUGGGGUUGUUAACUGAUCUAACAGCCCUGGUUUAUUUUUUAAAAUUCUUUAUUUAAAUUCGACAAAGGUGGCCCUGGUUCCUCGCUCUCUCCCGUUUAAAUUCCCGUGUGAAAUUCAAAUAUACAACAUUAUUGUAAUCCGGAAACCUGGGUGUCUCCCGCUGACGUCAGGCUGGGCAGGAUAAUUCCCCUCCUUUAAACAGCGGCAGGGCGAGCUGUUUCUGUUCUCGCCCUUGAGGGAGGGGCAGGACCAGAACCAGGACCAGAGGCGGGCGAGAGGGGAGCGGAGGAGGAGGAGGAGGAGCAGGGAUGGCCGGCGAGGCCAGCAGGACCACUUAUGAAGAGUACAAGGAGACGGCCGAUUGGUUGUUGGCUCAGACCAGCACGCGGCCCCAAUUGGCCGUGAUCUGUGGCUCGGGCCUCGGGGGACUCACCGACCUGCUGAGCAACAGGACCGAGAUCCCGUAUGAGAAGAUCCCGCGGUUCCCCCAGAGCACAGUUCCAGGUCACGAGGGAAAACUGGUCUUCGGGGAGCUCAGCGGCAAGCAGUGUGUCUUCAUGAAGGGCCGCUUCCAUUUUUAUGAAGGCUACCCGAUCAAUAAGGUGACCUUCCCGGUCCGAAUCUUCCACCUGAUGGGAGUUAAGUCCCUGAUCGUCACCAAUGCCUCCGGAGGACUGAACGAGAAGUUCAGAGUGGGCGACCUGAUGGUCAUCAAGGAUCACAUCAACCUGCCGGGCUUCGCGGGGCUUAACCCGCUCGUCGGCAGCAACGAGGAGAGGUUCGGUCCACGAUUCCCCUGCAUGUCGGACGCUUACGACCAGAAGUAUCGCCAGCUUGCUUCUGACAGCGCCCUGGAGCUGGGGUACCAGGACUUUUUCCGCGAGGGCGUGUACUGCAUGCUCACUGGUCCCUCGUACGAGACGGUGGCGGAGUGUCACAUGCUGAAAGUGCUGGGAGCAGACGCAGUGGGUAUGAGCACAGUGCCGGAGGUGAUCAUCGCCCGACAUUCCGGCAUCCGAGUGUUCGGCAUCUCCCUCAUCACCAACCAGGUGGUGACAGACUACAGCAGCCAAACCAAGGUCAACCACCAGACAGUGCUGCGUGUGGCCCAGGAACGGGCUCAGGCCCUGCAGACACUGGUGGCCAAGGUAGUGGAGAAGAUGGAGUGAGAACCCAUCCCCGCUCGCUGCCCAUGUGGAGAGAUCAGCACCAACACAACCCGCUCCACACAUGCCCACAGCACCUGCCUGCUGGGUAUACAGUCCCCUCCGCAGCACACGCCUUCUCACCCCAUACACAGUCCCAUACAUGUCCCCAAACACCAAAUACACAGCCCCACAAUACCCAUACACAGUCCCAGACACAGCCCCACACACACAACCCAUACACAGCCCCAUACACAUCCCCAAACACUGAAUACGCAGUCCCAGACACAACCCCCACACAUAACCUCUACACAGCCCCAUACACGUUGCCAAACACCAAAUACACAGCCCCACAUACAGCCCGUACACAGUCCCACACCCCCAUGCACAACCCUGUACACAGCCACACACACCAUAUACACACCCCAUACACAGCCACACCCAUGGUAUGCACACCCCACACACUGUAUACACAGCCCCAUACUCCAAACAAACCCCACCCUCCCCAUACACAGCCCUACAUCCAAUCGACUCUGAACACAGCCCACACACCUCACCCACCUGUGCACAGCCCCACUCCCAUACACAUCCCACCCACCCAAUACACACGCCCGCAUACACACCUCAUCCACUCCAUACGCACCCCACCCCCAUACACACUCCACUGAAAAAAAAAGCCCCAACCCACACAAUACAUACCCUCACCUACCCAAAACCACCACAUGCAUAGUCCACCCACCCAUUACACACUGCACCCACCCAAGACAUGCCCCCCCGCGCCCACUACGCACACCACCCUCCCAUUACAAACCUCACCCAAUACACCUGCCUGCUACACACCCCAUUACGCGCUCCUCUGGCUGCCUUUCACGCUCCUUCCCUGGCAGUUUCACUGCUCCGUUGUCAGCGAGGUUUCCCCACACCCUCUGGCUGACGUGCAGCCAUAGAACCAUAGAACCAUACAGCCACCUGAACCCACCUGGUUAUUGAGGGUGGAACGUAAUAGUCGGGCAGUGCUCCCCAUGUUCCACCCAUCUCCAUCAGAGGAUAUUUCCCGACCAAUACUUGCACAGUGCAAUCGUUCAGCACAGAACCAGGCCCUUCUGCCCACCUCGUCCAUACCGACCGUCGUGCCUCUCUACACUAAUCCCGCGCCCACAUUAGGCCUAUACCAUUCCCACCCAAGUUCCCGGCCAAAUGCCUUUUCAACAUCGUAAUUUUAUCUGCCUUCUCCACCUCCCCUGGCAGCUUGUUCCAGAUACCCCCCGCCUUCUGUGUGGAAAAACUUACCCCUCAGGUCCCCUUUAAAUCUCUCCCCUCUCACCUUAAACUUGUGCCCUCUAGUUUUAGACUCCCCUACCCUGGGGGGAAAAGACUGACCACCUACCCCAUCUCUGCCCCUCACAAUGUUUUAAACCUCUAUAAGGUCACCCCUCAGCCUCCUAGGGCUCCAAUGAGAAUAUACUCAGUCUCUCCUUAUAAUACCCUUCUUCUGCACACUCCCUACUGCUACCACAUCCUUUCUAAUAGAAUAACAAGUUGAAGUCUGAGCAAUAGAUAAUUUAUUUUAAAAUAACAUAUGAUAGUUUCUUUAUUAAUUUAUACUGAUUUACUGUGAAGAGAACUGGAACUCUCCUGAUACUGAUUGGUUGGAGCUCAAUAAAGGUCUGUAGACCAGAUCUGUAGAUCAGUACCGGCUUGCCUUCCUGCUCCCUGAUGAGUUAGUGGGUCUC